UGAAAUGUUUAAUUGGGGAAUUAAUUAUCAACCAUAUCCUGUUCAAUAUACUGAGGAAGCAUAUGGUUUUUCUGUUGACGCCAAAAUUAUCACAAGGCUACCUGUUCAUCCAAGCAAAUUACCUGGUUCAUAUAAAUGUCCAAAUUGUGGCAAAAAUUAUCGUUAUCUACGAAAUAUGCAAAAUCAUGUUAAAGUAGAAUGUGGACAAGAGCCAAAAAUUCGAUGUCCACAUUGUGAAUAUAGAACAAAGUACAAAAGUAGUUUACAAAAGCACAUGAUUAGAAAACAUUCUCAUACACGAAAAAGAAAUCAGUAACAAUAAUAAAAAAAAACAUACCAAUAAUAAUAAUAAUAACCAUAAAUAUUACAAGAAUAAAUUAUUAAUUUUUUGGAAAUGGAUUUAAUUUACAUGUAAAGGGACCCUCAAAUAUUAAUUAAGCAUAUUUAAAAAUUAUUUUUUUUUAAUCGUUAAAAAUAAUUUAAUUUGGUUUCAGGAAAACAGGAUGCUUCAAAUAAGUUAUUACAAUAUUUGUCAAUUUAUGAAAGUUAUUUAAACAAAUAAAUAAAUUAACUUACGUUUGUGGUGACGAAAUUGAAACAUUUAAAGAUGGAAAUAUCACAGAAGAUUAAAAGGCAUUAAAAUAAGCGUUGCAACUUAUUUUAAUGCCUUUUAAUUUUCUGUGAUUCCUAGCACUACACUGUUUUCUAAUCAAAAAGAAUAAAAUGGUUCAAUUUUCGAUUAAAAAAAAAAAAAAAAAUUCACGAAAUUUUAGGUUGUUUGACAAAACUUUUGCUAUCAGUUAAUCAGCUGACAGAAACUGCGCGCGUCGUUUACGAUGUUAACCGAGCCAUUCCGAAGUAUGGGCCAACGCAGAUAAUCGUAAAUCUUGAACUUUUACAUUAGAGAAAAAAGGACAAAAGAUAUUUCUAUCCUUUUCUCUCUCAUGUAGAAGCUUAAGAUUUACGAUUAGAAAUUUCAUUCUACUUAAGUCUUCUCAAACGGUCUACAAAUUUCUUAUAUUAAGAUUUCUUAUAAUAAAAUCAAGGAUUGAACAAUUAUUUUAAUCUUUAUAGAAAAAAAAUAAUAUUACGUAAGAUUUUUUUUCCUUCCCCUCUCCUUUUUUAAGAAAUCGUAAGUAUAUAAACCUCUCUUUUUAACCUUUAGAAAACCUGAAAAUUUUUUUUCUUAAAUAUUAAAUUUUUUGUAAACAAUGACGCCACUGUAUUAUGGAGUCUAAAUGUAAAAAAAUUGCUUACGUAAUAAUUGAACGGUCCUAAAACUCAAACACAUUUUUUAUAUUAAAAAAAACAAAAUAAAUAAAUAUUGACAAAUGGUAUAUCCUUUAUUUAAUUUUUUGUAUAUUUUAUAUAUAUAUAGUUAUAUUUUUAUUUCAAAUAAAAUUCAGCGAAUUUUUAUUAAAUUAUAAUAAUAUGUAUUGUAUUUAUAAUAAAUAAAAAAAAUAAAUGUUAUUUUACUAUAUGUAUA